CCCGCCUCUACCCCUCUCUCUGGCAGCUUGUGAUGAAGUAAAAUACCUGUAAUAAAGUUUGAAAUAAACUUUUUAUUUGUGAUCUCCAGGGUAGGAAUCUGCAUCCUCACAGGUGGAUUUCCUAACUUGACGCUGGCAUCUAUAAUACCAGAUUUAGGGUGGGACCUCCAUAUGUAUGAAACAGGCAUACUGUCAAGAUGCCAUUGCCAGGCUUUUUCAUCCACUUCCUACUCUAGAAGCGUCCUGACCCGAAGUGUUCAAACAUUAUCUGUCUUUUAUCUAAAAUUGAUCACAUAUGACCUGGCCGGAGAGUGUUGUGAGACUAUAUGUCAAAGCGGAGCUUUUAUUUUGGAGGAAUUCAUCCUUUUAUCAUCUACAUACAAUUGAAUUCCAUCUAUAAAAUCUAUGAGCUCAGUCGUAUGUGGAACAGGUCCAUUAAGCCAUCUCUUAGUUGACCAGUGAAGAUUAAAGUGGUGUAGAGCCUGUCUGAUCCAUACCUACAGGACUCGCUCCAGAUUGCUUUAAAAGUUGGUCAAGCAUUGCUUAGACUUAGUGGAGGUCAGAUCACUUGCAUUUAGAGAAAAGCAUGGAAACAGGCCCACUUUCUCAUCCACUCCCCACACACAUGGGGAAAGUAAAGGUGGGAGGUGUGGCAUUUCUGAUGAUGGGGGAGUUGUGACAAUGAAUGAAUGAUGUUAUGAUUCCAAAUCAGGGCGGAUGCAACCUGGAGAGGAACUCGACUGGCACUGGUUAAAUUAUAAAGAGGUUUAACUUAGAUGUACUUAGUGUUCAGCAGAAAGUGAAGUUGGCUGCAUUGCCUUUGCGUUUUGCAUUAAUUUACUUUGUUGGUUAUUGGAAGCCUGAUUGUAGCUUUUGUGGGAUGGCAGUUAAAUGAAUUCUAAAUGAUCCACAAGUUGCUCUGCAAAAUGAAAUUCAAGACCAUAAAAGGAGAGGGAAAGUGUUACUAAGCGAUCGGGCGCCUCUACCCUUCCGUUGACGGGACGAUCUUACUCCCGUAGCCGGCGGCGGGCCUCCUCGCCGGGGCGUUCAAGCUCCUGCAUCGGGGGGGAAUUUCAGCUCCCCAGCGCCGGACGAUCUACCCCGGGUCGGGCUAUUUGAACGUCGUGUGACUUUUGGAGUUUCCCGACGUCGGUCUCAACCCAAGACCGCAAGCUCCUUGUUGUUAAAGUCCGCAGGCCGCGGUUGGAGCGUCGAUCCCAGGCAAGGGAUCGGCUCUGAUGGUAAGUCCACGGUGGGGCUCAAAGUCAGUCCCGAGCUCCACGAUGGUAGGCCGCAGAGUGACCGGAGAUACGACCCAGAAAUCUAUUGCAUCUCUGGCAAGGGCAAUCCAAGAAUAGUGUGGGAGAGAGCAUAAAAGGCACGGAGCAACAGAGUGAGAAGACAUCAAGAGAGUGGAACUUGGUUCUAACGGUUUAACCAAAGACUUCUAAACCAAGUUUAUUGCCCUGCUGUCACUCUUCAAAAGUCCAUGGCAAAUCCAGAAAGGACAAUGAUCACCAAUUCCGAAGAGGAAGGAGCUUCCGAGCUUCGGGUGCGGAAAUCCAAGUACCAUGUGGAUCGACAGGUCAUGGAUGAGAAGGAUCUGGAAAUAGUGGCACAGCGAACAGAAAGAGCUGACCCAUCAAUAAGGGAACAAAUGAAGAAAUCCUUCAGAUGUUCGAACUCCAAAGCCCAAACUUUGCUGUUCAAGUUGGUCCCGAUCCUUCGCUGGCUGCCCAAGUAUCCUAUCCGGGAAUGGCUGCUGGGUGACGUCUGCUCUGGAUUCAGUGUUGGAAUUGUGCAGUUACCACAGAGUAUGGCAUAUGCCCUUUUGGCAGCUGUUCCCCCUGUAUUUGGUCUCUACACAUCUUUUUUCCCUGUGCUCAUCUAUUUUAUAUUUGGGACAUCCAGACAUGUUUCAGUAGGAUCCUUUGCAGUCCUGAGUGUGAUGUUGGGGACUAUAACUGAGAGGAUGGCUCCGAAUGAGAACUUUGUGAUCUCUUCUAUGAAUAAUACGAAUGGAACAGUUGUGAUAGACAUGGUGGCACGAGACAUGAUGCGAGUGAAAGUGGCAGCCAUGGUCACCUUCCUUUGUGGGAUCAUCCAAAUCAUGCUGGGGAUGAUACGAUUUGGAUUUGUCGUCACAUACCUUUCCGACCCUCUGGUCCGAGGAUACACCACUGGGGCAGCAGUCCAUGUGCUGGUGUCACAGCUGAUAUAUGUGCUUGGCAUCUCUGUUCCCAAGAAGAAUGGACCCCUGGCGCUAAUCUAUACCUUCAUCGAUAUUAUCAAAGUGAUACACUUGACAAAUAUUGGCACGCUGGUUGUCGGUCUUAUCGCCAUGUCCACAAUGCUGGGAGUGAAGGUGAUAAAUGACGUUUUCAAAUCUAAGCUGCCAAUACCAAUUCCUAUUGAACUAAUUGAGGUAAUAAUUGCCACGGUGGUUGGCACGUAUGUGGACCUAUCUGGAAAGUAUGGAAUAGAAAUUGUUGGAGAUAUACCAAAAGGCUUGAUAGCCCCAGUUCUACCUGACUUCAGCCUUGCCUCCAGCCUCAUAGGCGAUGCCUUUGCCUUGGCCAUCGUAGGGUAUGGCGUCACAAUAUCUUUGGGCAAGAUCUUCGCUCUCAAGCAUGGGUACGAGGUGGACAGCAAUCAGGAGCUGAUAGCACUGGGCCUCAGCAACGUGUUUGGAGGAUUUUUCCAAUGCUUUGCUGUGAGUUGCUCCUUGUCCAGGAGCCUCGUUCAAGAAACCACUGGAGGAAACACACAGCUGGCUUCCGCCGUCUCGAGCGCUCUUAUCUUGGUGAUUAUUCUGGAGAUCGGAGCACUGUUUAGCUACCUACCUAAGGCUAUUUUAGCAUCUAUUGUCAUCAUCAAUCUCAAAGGGAUGUUUGAACAGGUCACCGAUAUCUGCUACUUCUGGCGAACAAACAAAAUUGAUCUGGUGGUUUGGAUCGUCACUCUGAUCUUGACGGUUCUCUUGGGUAUGGAUCUUGGACUAGGCGCCUCCAUAGCUUUUGCAUUGCUUACUGUGAUCUUCCAGACACAACUACCCAAAUAUUCAAUCCUGGGACAAGUUCCCGACACUGACAUCUACCGAGACAUCAAGCAGUUUGAUGAGGCAAAAGAAAUUCCAGGAAUCAAAAUCUUCCAAUCAUCUGCAACCAUAUACUUUGCCAAUGCCGAGUUGUAUGAAAGCGCACUGAGGAAGAUGACUGGAAUUAAUAUCGCUCGUUUAAUUUCGAAAAAGAAGAAAAGAAUCACAAAACUCAAACAGCAGUUGAAAAAACAGGAAAACAAGGACAAGAAGAAAGCCAAGAAAGAGAAGAAACUUAAAGGGCUUGAAUCAGGAACAGGUAACCUAGACGUCAUCUCUGGAAAUUUUGUCAAUGACAACUCCAUCAGCUUGGAAAUGGAUUCAGGCCAAGAAUCAUCUUCUAAAGUUAACAAGAAUCCAGAGGAAUAUGAUCUCGAGUCUCUUGGGCUUCCGAAACCAGAGGUGCACUCUGUAAUCCUUGAUCUUAGUCCAGUCAACUUCGUAGAUAGCGUCUGUAUCAAGAUUUUGAAAAUUAUUUUCCGAGAUUUCAAGGACAUUGAGGUUGACGUGUACCUGGCUGGAUGUCACUGGUCUAUUGUUCAGCAGUUUGAACAAGGAGAAUUCUUUGGGAAGAACAUCAGCAAAUCCCAGCUUUUUACCACUGUGCACGAUGCUAUUACAUUCUGUCUGACGAAGCACAAUUCAUCCACUGAUCAGCCUCUUUGUAUGAAUGGACGCCUCUCACUGGCCCCACCAGAGGAGCAAGAGCAAGAGUCCAGCCUUGCCAGGGAUACAAGCACAAAAUUUUAAUGUGAAGAUUUGGUGCUGGGAUAUAAUAGCUGCACAUUUUGGAAGAAAGAGACAAAAUCUGAGGAAAACCGAAGAUUUUCAUUCUUCCAGUGAAAAACAUUUCAAACUAACACAUUCUAUGUUCUGUGGUAAAGAAAAAUGAGAAGGAUGAAGGAGGAAACUGUGAAGAUCAUUCUCAACUUGAAUACCUUACGGAAUAAGUGCUUGGAAAAUACGGGGGUUGUGUAUUUGUGCAGCAUUUUACAUCUGGAACUUGUGCGGUUCGAUCACUGAGGAAAGUUUCAUUCCUCUGGUUUCCUGCAAUAUUCUCUGCACUACUCAAAUUCUUCCUCUUUUUCAAGUUUCAGAAUAAACAUGACGACGAAGACUGAAACUAUUAUUAUCUAAGUCCUACAAUCAUUUUCAAGCAAUAUCUCUCUCAAUUACCCUCUCUGCAUCCCACCCCUACAGUAACUCUUCCUCUUAGGUGACACUUUCUCGAGGGGAGUGUCAGAAUUCUAGGAGCCUGGUGCUUCAUUUUCAGAAGCUUCCUCAGUUCAGUUAUAUUUUCUGCCUUACCAAAGCCAACUUCACCCAAGUGAUGUGCCAAGAGUUUUUUUUUUCAGCUGGGAUAAACAACGGAGGCUUAAGGUUGGAUCAGUGAUGGGUGGGCUCAUCACAUCAUGUUAACUGGCAGUCUAACAACAAAAUGGAAAUCAUUAAUUCUGAAAAGUGUAACAUGUAACAAAUAAGUUGUUCACAAUAUUCAACAUUCUCAUAAAAUAAGGACACAAAGCGUGUAGUAACUCGGGUCAGGCAGCAUCUCUGGAGAACAUGGAUAAGUCAUGUUUCGUGCUGGGAUCCUUCUUCAUACUGAUUCAGUCUGAAGAAUGUCCCGACCCAAAACAUCACCUAUCAAUGUUCUCCAGAGAUGCUGCCUUAUCCACUGAGUUACUAGAGCACUUUGUGUCCUUUUGUGUAAACCAGCAUCUGCAGUUCCUGGUUUCUCCAUUCUCAUAAAGUAGCCAAGAAAUGAACCUUCCAAAGAUAAACAUUUAAUAAUUUCACUGAAUAACAAACCAAUAAGUAAGAAAUUCAUUGUUCUGCUGUCGAUACAUAUGACGCUGAAACAUUCUUGACUCUUGAACAACGAAAAAUAAAAUUGCAUUCAAGUGCACUGCUGCCCCUAACGUUUGACUACAGUUAACGUCAUAAAUAUGUACAGAUGCAUUUUUACAGACUGCUUCGUGAAUUCAUGACAUGUCUGAUUUUUUUUAUAACCAGCGACACCCUUUUGUUUCUGAGUGUUAUUUUCCAAUUAUUAAAAUAUGCUCCAGAAAUAUACAUUUUGAAAUUAACCUAUAUUUUCUUAAAUGUUUGCAUCUAAUCAUAUGCUCAUAUAAAUGUACCAUGUUAAAAUAUAAUCUUCCAUUUGAUUACCAAAGUAUGAUGCACAGUGAUUAUUGUCCCAUAUACAACAUAUUAAACAUCAAAAUAU